CAAGGCAAGAUGUGCCACACUUCGUCCAUGCAAGCGACACCCUAUCCCCUCACUCUUGAAACGUGGUUUUAAGAAAUCCCUUUCAUUCUUACACUACCCUACUCCCCACUCCCAGACUCAGGUCUGGACAGGGCUGGGAAGGCUCCAUGGCCUCGACCAUUCCAAUCUGCAAAAUGCUAAGAGCAGGGACUGAAAUACGGGGAGGGCAGAGAAUAGCGAAAAGAUGAUGUCACUAUCUGUGACACCUUCAGGUCCUUCCCAUCAUCUCCCUAGGGCCAGUAGUACCCUUAGUUUGGCAUAAGGUUGGGAGUCCUGGCAAAGAGGGGAGGGACCCGGGGGUGGGCAGCAUCAACCUGACCCAGUCCCAAAGUCCUGAAGAUCCUGAGGAUGCCAGGACCAGGUAACAUCACGCUGGGAUGGGGGCAACGCAGACCUAAGCAGUCAGCUUCCCAGGGCAGCUCCAAGAACCCCACCCCCACCCCGAGUCCCCGCUGGGAAGGUAUCCAGGGCUGGCCCCCAUAUUCAUCAAGCCCGACCCACACAUUCCCGCCUCUCCAGCUCGUGCACACGCCCAGCUUGGUCCUGGGGAACCCCCGGGCACCUGGGCAUCCCCUGCCCCAGAGCCACUUCCCUCAAAAGGCACCUGCUCAGCUUCCCCCACCUCCCGCAACCCAAGCCCCUCCGGAUUCAACGGGGCCCAGGUUAACAGAAUGAAGCUAGGGAAUUGAAGAAACAGAAUUUGUUUCUGUGAUGGAGAAGAACAUGG